GCGACCGCUGCAAGAUGGCGGGCCCCAUGACGUGGUCGUGCACUUGGUGUCUCAGGUUCAAGUUCAGCCCCGAGGAGAUCGAGCAGAGGUACAAGAGUCAGGAGAUCGACAGGAUGUUGGAGAAGGACCGUCAAGCCUUUCGCAGGCAGGUCAAGCUGCUGUUGCUCGGUGCUGGGGAAAGCGGCAAGUCGACUUUCCUCAAGCAGAUGAGGAUCAUACACGGCAUCAAAUUUGAGCCUGAACUAAUAAAGGAGUACCAACAUGUUAUUUAUCAAAAUAUUAUAAAGGGAAUGAAGGUCUUAGUCGACGCACGUGAUAAGUUGAAUAUUCCUUGGGAGCAUCCAAAAAAUUAUGACAUAGGCUACCAAUUGCUGAAAUUUGAGAAUACCAUGAUACUAGAUGCUAGACUUUUUCUGCACUACGUGCCAGCAUUACAAAGUUUAUGGAAAGAUGCUUCGAUCAAAAAGGCAUUCGAUCGACGGAGAGAAUUUCAAUUGAGUGACUCGGUGCAAUAUUUCCUUGAUAAUCUCGAUAGGAUCGCCAGAGUGGAAUAUGUUCCAACGCAUCAAGACAUUUUACACUGCCGGAAAGCCACGAAAGGAAUAUCCGAGUUUGUCAUACAAAUUAAUAAUAUCCCAUUUUUAUUUGUCGAUGUAGGUGGGCAGAGAUCACAGAGGCAAAAGUGGUACCAAUGUUUUGACUGUGUGACCUCGAUACUUUUUCUUGUGUCGUCUUCGGAAUUUGAUCAGGUUUUAUUGGAAGAUAGACGAACUAAUAGAUUGGAAGAGUCAAGAAAUAUAUUCGAUACGAUUAUCAAUAAUAUGAUAUUCUAUGGAGUAUCCGUUAUACUAUUCUUGAAUAAAACUGAUUUGCUUGAUAAGAAAGUCAGAUCUCCGGACACGAAUGUUCGUUGGUACUUCCCGCAAUUCACGGGUGACUCACAUUCCAUGAAAGAUGUUCAAAAUUUUAUAUUAGAUCUAUUUGUAUCGGUAAAAAGGGAUCCAAAAAAGCCACUGUUUCAUCAUUUUACAACUGCUGUCGAUACAGAGAAUAUUAAAGUUGUAUUCAAUGCUGUUAAAGACACGAUUUUGCACCGGAAUUUGGAAUCCCUCAUGUUGCAGUAACGAAAUGGCAUGGCAAACCAAAUCUUUAAGACUACGUUCAACGACAGUUGCACUAAAGAUUCGCAAAAUAUACGAAGACUUUUUGCCUGAUUUGAAUAUAAGUAUAACUUGGCUUAUCAACGUAACGAACAAAUUGCCCCGGAUAGGCGUCGUAUAUGAUAGGUACCAGCACGAUUGGCAUAACAACUAUCAUAGAUUAUAAUGCUCUAUGAUACAAAUUAUGAAUAUAUAUAUAUAUAUAUAUAUAUAUAUAUAUGUAUGUAUUCAUAACGUUAGGUGUAUGUACAAGUUUGUUCCGAACAUCGCAAUGGCAAAUUAUUAAUCGUAUAAUUAGCGAAUAUAAAGCACGCAAUGAUUAAUUACAUUG